AUGGUCGCCCCUAAGCGGAUGAAACUGCUCGCGGCCUUUGCUUCGAUAUGCGAUCUCUCUGUGCAUGCGUCCCAACAGCUGUAUAAUUUCUCGGAGCCAGGUUUCGGAGCGCAUGAUAGGUUGGCCUCCACGUGCACGAUAUAUAAUUCGUUCGACGCGUUCGGGGACAUGACGUUACUGUCUGAGACGUCGUAUACGGCAUUGGCGCUACCCUUGUUCCCCAAUCACAGCCUGCGCAUCAAGCGGUCGCACAUUUGUGAAGAGGAACCCGUCAAUACGUACACGGGCUACCUAGACAUCAAUGAGAACAUGCAUCUCUUUUUCUACUUCUUCGAGAGUAGGGGCAAUUCAGAAGAAGAUGAUGUCGUAUUCUGGACCAACAGUGGCUCGGCAUGCAGCUCCGCUGCCGGCCUGUUCAUGGAGCAUGGACCAUGCCUGAUACGCGAAGCCAACAAGACGCAAUAUAAUCCUCAUUCUUGGAACGAGGUUGCCAACAUUUUCUACAUCGACUCGCCGGCGGGUGCGGGUUUCUCUUUCCAGGAACACGGUGUCUAUGUCAGUACUACAGAGGAAGCAAGCGAAGACAUCGCAAUCUUUAUGACUAUCUUCUUUGAGCACUUCUUCAAAUUCAAAGGAAGAGGCUUCCACAUGGCCGGGGAGUCUUACGCAGGUCACUCAAUACCCGUGUUCGCUUCUACCAUACUUGAUCACAAUGCCAAACUCGUCGAAGCUGGGCUCACGCCUAUCAAUUUGAAGUCUAUCAUGCUUGGCAACGGGUUGACUGAUGCUUUCGAGAUUAUGCUCUCGAGAUAUGACAUGAUGUGCACACCAGCCUCCGUGAAGCCUAUCUUACCGAUCUCGAAGUGUAUUAGGAUGAAAGAAGUAGUGACGCGAUGUAGGAAAUGGGGCCGAGGGGUCUGCAUAGAUGAAUUCGAUCACAUGAACUGCAAGGCCGUCACUACAUUCUGCGAAAAUGAAAUCACGGAGGUGUUCCGGACGACGGACAUGAAUCCGUACGAUCUGAACAAAAGGUGCGAGGGACCCUAUCUUGAAACGCUAUGCUAUCCUGUGACAAGAUACAUCGAUUCAUUCCUCUCUCUUCCGGAAGUUCAGGACUCACUGGGAGUUGAUCCCGCCGUGAGAGGAAGAUUCGCCUCCUGCAACAUGAAACUGCAAGCCGGCUUCCAUGAUACGCUCGACAUGUACCACACGUCCGUGCCGUACGUCUCAGCACUUCUCGAGAGAAGCAUUCGAGUAAUCGCCUACGUGGGCACGAAUGAUUGGAUGUGCAACUGGAUUGGCAAUGAGCGAUGGGCUCUGGCCAUGGAGUGGAGUGGUAGAAAGGAGUUCCUCGAGACCGAAGCCAGGGAUUGGAUUGUGGACAAUGAAGUGGUAGGCAAGGUCAGGACUGCCCGUGAUUUCACAUUUGUGUAUAUGAAUGGUGCAGGGCAUAUGGCACCAUACGACAAACCGCGGGAGAGCUUACGCCUCAUUAGUCGAUGGAUCAACGCAGACGCCGUAUGA